UUUGCUUCAGGCAGCCUCGGUGAAUGCGUGCGUGCGUACAACAAAACCCAAAUAUUAACCACCCCCUUCGCGGCAAUGUCUUGUGAUUAGUUGGUGACGAUGCUGUACAUCCUGCCGCCCCCGAGGACCCCCAACCCGCCGUCUCCGUGGGAGAGCAUCCUGUGUGCCGGCGGUGGCGGCGGCAGCGCCAACGGCGCCGCCUCCUGGGAGGGCAAGAGGAAGCCGCCGAGGGUGCGUUUGAGGAACUUGCCGACCAAGAAUGAUGACGAAUCAACCGGAGCGCAAGAUGACAACAUGGACACGAAUCGGAACCCGAAAAGCCUCAGCGAGUGCUACUUCGCGGGCAAGGGUACAGCCUUGGUACUGCCGGCCGCGGAGGCGCAAAAAUCCAACAGACGGCCCGACGCCCAAGGCAGCAACAUCCGGAAACAUCUGCAGUCGAUCGUGGAUCUUUUGCGACCGGAGGAGACGCUCAAAAUGGCCGUAAAGCUGGAGAGCGUCCACACCGGCCGCAUGCGCUACCUGGUAAUCGUCUCUAGGAUGGGCAAACGAGCGGAAGAGUCCUGCCUCUUGGGCAUCGACUGCAACGAAAAAACAACCGUCGGUCUCGUCCUCAAAGUCAUGGCCGACACGACCAUCCGAUUGGACGGCGACGGGGGUUUCAGCGUGAGCGUCUGCAACCGGCAUCACAUCUUCAAGCCAGUGUCCGUCCAGGCGAUGUGGUCGGCCCUGCAAACUUUGCACAAAGUUAGUUCGAAAGCGCGCGAAGAAAACUACUUCCAAGGCGGUUUGACCCACGAUUGGGUCGAUUAUUAUGAGAAAAAUAUCGAAUCGGACAGAUCCUGUCUCAACGAAUGGCACGCGAUGGACAAUCUCGAGUCGAAAAGACCACCAUCGCCCGAUUCGAUUCGUACCAAGCCUACGGAACGUGAGGAAACCGAAAAAGUUAUCCGGACGACAUUGAAGGAGAUCAUGAUGUCGGUGGAUUUGGACGAAGUCACCAGCAAAUACAUCAGGACGAGACUCGAGGAGGACCUGGAUAUGGACCUAGGGGAGUACAAGAGUUUCAUAGACCAGGAAAUGCUGACCAUCCUCGGGCAGAUGGACGCUCCGACGGAGAUUUUUGAUCACGUGUAUCUGGGGUCGGAGUGGAACGCUUCCAAUUACGAGGAGUUGCAAAGAAAUGGGGUUGGACAUAUCUUGAACGUGACCCGAGAGAUCGACAAUUUCUUCCCCGGCACCUUCAACUACUACAACGUGCGGGUGUGUGACGACGAAAAAACCGAUUUGUUGAAAUACUGGGACGACACCUUCAAAUACAUCACAAACGCAAAACAGAACGGUUCUAAGGUUUUAGUGCACUGCAAGAUGGGCGUCAGUCGGUCGGCCUCGGUCGUGAUCGCCUACGCUAUGAAAGCGUACAACUGGGAUUUCCAGACGGCGAUGCAUCACGUCAAAGAAAAAAGAACAUGCAUCAAACCAAACACGAGCUUCUUGUCGCAGCUGGAAACCUAUCAAGGCAUCCUCGACGCGAUGAAGAACAAAGAAAAAUUGCAGAGAUCCAAGUCUGAAACUAACCUGAAAUCCCCGAGCGAGGGUAGCAAGAUGGACAAGAUCCCGCCGGGCAGCGAACCGACGCCGAUCAUCCAAGCCCUGCCUAAACACGCCGCUCUCUCCGGGCAGGACCUGAGGAAUUUGGGAACGAGGCCAAAGUCGUGGUCGCCGGACAAUUUACCAGAGACUGAAAAGGAAGCGGACAAGUCGCCGGUUUCCGUCUCUUUGGAAGAUCUGAGCCAGAAGUCGGCCUCCAAAGAGAGCGUCAAGGAGAAGCAGGGGCAAGCGCGACACGUGCUGAUGCCCUGCGACAACGGAGAGUCGUACAGCGUUUCGCCGAACCAGAUCGUGCAUCUUCCGGGACAGAGAUCCGAGAUCCCGUCCGUGAAGGAGCGCGUCAGCGAGCUCGAAUCCAAAUCCGGGGACGAAAAUCCGGCGGAGAAGUCGCCGCCGAUGCUCCGGGCGAACCUGCUCAAGAAGGAGAUCUGGGAUCCGGGCGAUGAGCAAACGAAAGCGUCUUCCUGUAAUAGUACAAGUAAUUCCUGUGAUUCCCGAACUGACAGUAUAGUGAGUAAUCAGACGGUGUGGACUUCCUCGACUGUAGUGAAGAACUUACCGGAAAGUGCUGUGUUGCAAGAUAGUAUUAAUCAAGUUCCUCAGAAGGGGGUGAAGAAGGACGGUGACCCGUUUUCGAAUCAGUUGGAUCGCGUCUUCGACCGAGAAGAGAAAAAACAGCAGAAGAUAUCGGUCGAGCCGCAGAUCGUGGAAGUGAGAGAGUGCCCGUCUAGACAGAGUUCGUGGAGUUCGUACGACAGUGCGGUGGUGUUGGGGUCGCAGACAGAAGUGGGACUGUCGAGACAUAGCUCGUGGGGUUCGGGAGACACUCGGUUGCUUCCGUCGAGGAAUAGUUCGUGGGGGUCGUACGACAUGCGACCAAGGGGCAAAAUGGAAGAAAGCUCAUCCGGGAUUUUUCCCUACGAUAAAGAAGACAUUCCGUGGAAUCCAGGGACGGUGAAGAGGACGAAGAAGUUGAUCGAAGAGAGCAACGGGAAAGGGAACGAAGGCGCGAUGACGAAAUCCUCAAGCUCAGAGACUCUGUUCGACUAUACGGAAGAGAAGCAACCCGUCGAAGCCAUCAACAACCAGUUGAUUAAGAACUUGAGCGUGACGGUGUUGUCGCCAAGUGCCAUAAGCCCGAUGAUUAGAAUCCCGGGGGAGGACUGCAAGAGCCCGAAUUCGAUCCGGCUAUCGGUGAGUGCUCCCGAAUCGUCAUCGAUGGACUUGGUAUCCCCGGACUGCUCCUUGUCGAGGUCCGCCUCGAACGUUUCUUCGUUGUCCAGAGACACCUCCACUUCCGUAAUAAGCACAGCUCAGUGUUCUUCCGUGAAGCAGCACCGGAGUUUCUUGGAGAACCUCCCCCGAGAGUUCAACAAGGCGGCAAAACCGUGCGACGGUUCCACGUCGGGGAUCGUGCGUAGUCUCAAAAAAGAAUUCGAAGCGAAAACGAGCACAAACACCGAAGCGGAAAGCCUGGAGAACAAGAAGAACAAAGUGAACAGCAUGCCGUCGUCCCCUGUAAGUGUCCACCAAGACAAAGAGAAAGUCGAGGAAAUGAACUUUAAAAAUUUGUUAGGUCUUUUCGAGAAUAAUAAGUCAGAAGCACAAGUAGCCAAGCGGCCGAAAAGCGGCAAAGCGUUCAUUCCGAGAAACGCACGACAUUCGUGCGUCGAGGUGACCAAGUGGAAGAACGGGAACGAUAAGGGGGCGGAAAGGCCGCCGAUAUCGCCGGUUGUUAGGAACGCACCUCAGUGUCUAGUGGCGUCGGUGAUAGCGAGUGCCAACAAGAAGCAGCAGCAGUACGGCAAAAGUCACCCCUUAGCCAGGCUAACUAUCAAACCAAGGCACAACAAUCCACUUUACAACACUAUGUAAUGCUCAAAUUACAAAAAGAAAUACGGCUGUGACUGCACUCUUUCUUGCGUUUGUUGUAAUGUGUAUUUUGUUUCGUGACGAUUUUUUACUUUCCGCUUUCUCUCUCUCUCUCACUCUCUCUCUUUCUAACUGCUCAUGAAAUUAUAGUAACGAAAAAACCGCUGUUAUUAUUCUUUCAAUGUGUAUAAUACGGUUGACACUAAAGGCUUUAAGCAGUAAACUCGAUAGUGCAAAGUAAAUUCUAAGGUUAAGUGUCGCUUUGUGUACAUAGGCGGAAAUAUUUUUCGACUACUGUAAAUUUUCUUGUCACUGCUUACAACCUGCUGUGAUUGUUUAAUAGCAGCAACAAAAAAAUUCUGUUACUCUCACUGCCAAAAAUAACUGUGGACCAUUUAACCAAACAAUAAUCUACGAGAGCAGGAGAGUUUCCGAUUAUUCUUUAUUUUGUAACAUAUCAACAUCACAAUUUUGCUUUUAACUUUAUUUAAACGGAAUAAUCCGACUUGGCUGUCAAAAAUCUAGUCUGUAUGUUGUUGCGAAAUGAGGAAUUACAGCCCCCCAACCCCACGAAGCUCAAGCCCUGGGCAACAAACUCUCAACUUUUUCUUUCUUUUUUUUAUCCUUUUUAUUACUUUCAUUUGUACGUUUCCUUUUUAGGAUAGACAUUUAGUUAAUGCUGUUCUUGCUUUGUGUGUAUUUGUGUGAUAGUUUCUUUUUUGUACAAUAGCGUGUAUAAAUCAAAUAAAAUGUAUCGCUUGAACAUGUCAAUAAAAAGCGAUUCUUAAGUAAAA